AUGCCUGCCAAAUCACGGUUUACAAGGCUAGAUGCCUUCGCGAAGACAGUGGAGGAUGCGCGCAUCCGCACCGCAUCGGGCGGCAUUGUCACGAUAGUUUCGUUAAUCGUCAUCCUAUGGCUGGUCUGGGGAGAAUGGGCGGAUUAUAGACGGAUCGUUGUUGAGCCGGAGCUGAUCGUGGAUAAGUCAAGAGGAGAGAGGAUGGAGAUCCAUCUAAACAUGACGUUCCCGCGGCUUCCAUGUGAGCUAUUGACACUCGAUGUGAUGGAUGUCUCAGGAGAACAGCAAGUGGGUGUCGUCCACGGAAUUAACAAGGUGCGACUGAGAUCGCCUGCGGAGGGUGGUGGUGUCAUUGAUAUCCAGGCACUUGAACUCCACGCGAAGGAAGACAGUGCAGCGCAUCUCGAUCCUGAAUAUUGCGGCGAGUGCGCUGGAGCUCCCGCACCCCCGAACACUAUCAAACCCGGCUGCUGUACCACCUGUGAGGAGGUCCGAGAAGCAUACGCGUUGAAACAAUGGAGUUUCGGAGACGGCAGGAAUGUCGAACAAUGCAAAAGAGAAGGUUACACAGCUAGACUCGAGGCACAGCGGAAGGAAGGUUGUCGUCUGGAGGGUGUUAUCCAAGUGAACAAGGUCGUCGGGAACUUCCACAUCGCCCCCGGCCGCAGCUUCACGAACGGUAACAUGCACGUUCACGACCUAGAUAACUACUUUGAUCCGAAUCUCCCAGAGGCAGAGAGACACACAAUGACCCACGAGAUCCAUCAGCUGCGUUUCGGUCCACAGCUCCCCGAUGAGCUCGCAGACCGCUGGCAGUGGACCGACCACCACCAUACCAACCCUCUUGAUGGCACGAAACAAGAGAUUCAAGACCCAGCCUACAACUUCAUGUAUUUCAUCAAGGUCGUAUCAACUUCCUACCUCCCCUUGGGCUGGGAUCCUACCUUCUCCAGCGCAAUCCAUACCGCAUUGGACAAGGCACCACUCGGCCAGCACGGCUUCGGAUACGGCGCUCAAGGCAGCAUCGAAACGCACCAGUACUCCGUCACAUCUCACAAACGAUCUCUUAUGGGCGGCAACGACGCCGCAGAAGGCCACAAGGAACGUGUCCACGCGCAAGGUGGUCUACCCGGCGUCUUCUUCCAGUACGACAUCUCUCCCAUGAAAGUCAUCAACCGGGAGACACGUCCCAAGACCUUCACUGGUUUCCUCACCGGCGUUUGUGCCGUUGUGGGAGGUACAUUGACCGUAGCAGCCGCCAUCGACCGUGGCUUGUACGAGGGCGCGUUGAGAGUGAAGAAGCUUCAUUCCAAUUAA